CACAUGUGCGUCCGCCGCAGCCAUGCUUCUUGAGCUAGUAAACUUCUAACCUUUUAGCGGGUUUGUGUUUAUUUGUGUGCAUAAAAAUGCCUCGAGCAGUAUCAUCUCCAUCCAGCGAAGAUGAAGAGGAGAGUCUUACAACAGAAUCACCUGAAAAGCAAAAAGAAACCGAGAAGAAGAGCCGCAUGUACCAGUGUCCUGCUGACUUUGUGCCUUUCUGCCAUAAGCCCUGCAGAAGCACUCUCACAAAGAGUCUGAAGACCAACAAGGAUGAGUUGUGGCUUAUUAAAGCUCCUGCCAACUUUAACCCGGAAUGCUUCAGCAGUGUCAAGGUGCCCCUCUCGGGUUUCCAGACCCUGAAGGUCCCCGCGGCAGCAGGUGGAGCCAAGACGGGGAGCGGCCAUCAGAUCUACAGCGUCCUGGCGUCCCCCCACAGCGCCCCGGAGCUCCGCCUGCUCACCAGCAAAAAGCAGUCAUCGGGCAACGUGGUUUUCGGUCCGGCCUUUUCGGGCCUCCUGAACGUCUGCGAGAGCUACGGAGACAUCGGCGCUAACCAGGCCCCUCAGGUCAUCCGCGCUGCCCCUCCACCCUCCAUACCGCCGGGACUGAAGCAGCGGUUCCACCCUUUCGGCAGCAAGACCCCCACGUUGACCUGCGUGGCGGAGAGCGAGUUGGACGGGGCCGCCUUGGGACCCUCGUCUACAACCCUCCGCCCGCUGGUCGUCAAGCGCUUUGUGGAGGAAACGUGGCAGGAGGAAGACGGGAGGAAAAGAAAGAAGAAGAAGAAGGAAAAGCGAAUAAAGGUGGAAGUAGAGGAGGAGGAGGUGGUGGUGGUGGUGAAAGAGGAACCAGUAGAAGAAAUUCCAGAGGAAGUUAUGGUAGAGCUCCCCUUCCUAGAGGACAACGCUUCGGAGGAGAGGAGAAAAAAGAAGAAGAAAAAGAAGGACCGGGAGCGACAGGAAGUGGAGGAGGGUGUGGAGCCCAGCGUGGCGUUAAAGGAGGAGGAAGAGGUGACGGUGAAAUGUGAACCGGUAGACGCUUCGUACGGCGACGUCGCAGAGAGCUUGACAAGGAAGAAGAAAAAGAAGAAGAAAAGCAAGACUGCUGACGACUAGCCCCGCCGUGGGAUUUUAGUUUUUCUUUUGUUUGUUUUGGGCCUGCUGGAAGCCAUUCUACUACUAGUUUACUAAUGCAGGGCUUGCUCUGGCAAGGACAUCUUCUCACUUCAACAUGGAGAGUGACCGUUGUACACGAGUUCUGCCAGUGUGUUGUCAUGUCGUGGUGUCGGUUUGCUGGAAUCGCGCUCACACACUGUCUUACUGUAAUAACACAGUUCUGUAAACCAGAGACAAUCUGGAAAGUGUCACGUCAUUUUUAUUUUAAAGGAUCUGAGUCGCAUGUAUUUGAGAACACAUGUUUUUAAAAUAAACUCCAAUAACUCAUAUUAAA